AUGGCUACCGCACUACCUGGUCAAACCCAGCCUCCCUCGGCUGUCAUCAUCCCCUCUGAGCGCCCUUUGAGCGAGAGGUUCACCUUGCCAGAUCUGACCGCCAUUAGUUUCGACGCCAGCAAUGCCGACGAAAUUCAAGUGUCGAUCGGGGUGAUGCCAAAACAGAAAGAUGCGGAGCUCAAGCCGCUGGCACUGUUUCGAAGAGCAGGCGGAGAGGAUGCAAGGAAGGCGAGGGUCAGCUUGCAUGGUGCUGUGAAUGACGAUCGAGCUAAGCACGAGCAGGUUUGGCAACUUGACGCUCCGCAAGAUCAGAACCCCUUUGAGCUCUCGCCUGCGGACACUUGGGCUGCCCUGUAUGCUUGUGAGUAUCGGCACGAUCGUAUCGCCCGCCUCGAUAUCGUUGGCACUCGGACGUUGAUCCACGCAUGCCCCUUUGCCCGUAGUCUGGAUCCGCAACGACUUCAACGAGCGUUUGCCUGUCGAGCUCGGCUCGAACUUGUCCAACCGAGACCACAUUCUGGCGUACCUGACGCACACUGGUUUGGGAUUUCGAGCCCCCGAUGCAGUUGGGCAGUAUGAGCUGCUAUGGGAUCGCAGCGCUUUCUGGCAAGGUGAGGCUUGAGCCUGUACCAGAUGGCCAAGCGUUGUUCGCCACUGACGACCAAGAUCUUUGAUGCUGCAGGUGCCGGUGCACCUCUCGGGCGAUCGUGGCUUCAAGCGCCCCUUCCAGCAGCAGAUGCAUUUGGACCACUCACCAGCACUUCAUUCCCGCACACACUCUCUUUUACAAAGUCGGACAAUCCGCCAGUUCUGACUGCCCAUCCUCUGCGUCCACCCAAACCAGCACCGGGAAGCAUCGUCUACUCUCGCUACAUUCACAGCGUCAAACAGCACCUCACCUUGACCCACAUCAACCCUGACGAUCCCAAGCACUUCGAAGCUUAUUGCAGGUGGCAGAAUUCGGAUCAUGUCAACAAGGGCUGGAGGGAAAGAGGUUCGGAGGAUUAUCAUAGACAGUAUCAUAAAGGGCGUCUUGCUGAUCCUCAUAUUAUGGGCUACAUUCUGUCUUGGGACGGCGAGCCUGCCGGAUAUGGCGAAGCUUCAUUCAACAAGGAAGAUGUGAGUGACGAUCCGUAGUGUCCAAAUCUCCCAAGGAAGCAGGCUUGCUGACGUUGUCUUGUCUGCAAUGUGCUUCACGCAGGGCAUGGCAGCAUUUGUAGGCGGCAUGGGCGACUACGAUCAAGGUACCCACCUACUGAUCGGCGAGCCCAAAUUCCGCGGACGUCAUCGAUUCGCCUCUUCCAUGGUCAGCAUGAAGCAUUUUUGUUUCCUGCGAGAGUCCAGGACGCACAUCGUGAUUGGAGAACCGCGAUUCGAUUUGCCGAUCAUUCCUUUGCUGGCUCAGCAUUUGCCCCAAUCGUGGCGCAGAGAGGUGGAGUUGCCGCAUAAAAGGGCUGUAUUGUUCCUGCUACACCGAGACCGCUUCUUUGAUGCCGGACCUUCUGGUGGCAUCUUCUACUGA